CCAACUGCGCACGUGACAUUUGAUAAGGAGAAGAUGAUGGAAGUCAGCCCAGUCCAAGGGCGCUGCCCUCCCCAGACUGCCUCAUGAAUAUUGAGCUGGCACGUUGUGGGUGGAGGGACUUGUGGGUAUAAAUAACCACCGUGUGGAGUCAAAGAAAGUUCCUGAUAGCCAGACUGCAGGUCCUGAUCAAGAUGAGCCUCUCAGCGCAACAGACAAUGCAGUCAGAUCAAGCAGCGAACACUUGCACAGCAGGCGAAGAGCUGUUGGAAGAGCAGAGCCUGCAGGAGGUGCUCCUCUACGCGAAAGAGAUGCUCAGUCAAAGACCCCGUCGGGGUCUGCUGAAGGUCUACCUGGUGGGCUCAGUGUUCGCGGUACUCGGGACCGUCGUCGGACUGGCUGAGCUGGUGUGUCACCCGUUCUCUUCAGGAGAGCCGAUGGACGCGGAGAUGGUCCAGAUGGUGGAUAAAGAGCGGAGGACUCAAAAAUCCCACCGCAAUGCGGAGAUCCAGGCAACGCCGCAGGACACCACGCAGAGCGUGACAUUCUCCAAGAGCCAAGGUCAAAGAAAUCUGUCCAAUCGGCUCCAUGCUUCGUAAGGACAAGUUAUUUAUUACAGACUGCUGUGGCACGUGUACAAUGUCCCCUUCCAAAGACUAAACACCUGUGCUGACAACCCACCAUGCCUUCAGUUGCGACUGGAAAUGUUCUUUUUUGCACUGGACUCCAGGCUGCAGCUCAUUUGUUAUAAUAGUCAUUGACAUUGGAGAAGUCACGUGUCUUUUCCUUGCACAAGCACUUUUCACUUCAACGUGUGAUUGUUCAAGUAUUGCUGAGCUGAUCAUCCACGUCCGCGUCCACUGUCUGUGAGACCACGGCGACCUCUAGUGGGGAAGAUUAAAACUGCUGUUCAUUUCUAUAAAUACAAGCCUUUUUUUAUAUUGCACACAUCAAUAAAGUGUGUUUUAUUUUGUAUGUUUUCUUUCCUCAUAUUACAGAAAUGAUUACUUUUUUGUUUUGUUCAAGAAGAAGAAUAACAUAAUAAUAAUAAUAAUAAUAAUAAUAAUAAUAAUAAUAAUAAUAAUAAUAAUAAUAAUAAACAUCCAGAAGUUCUCCGACGACACAGCCAUCGUUGGUUGUGUUUCAGAGGGGAAUGAUCUGGAAUACAGGACGGUCAUCAGGGACUUUGUCAGCUGGAGUGAGCUUAACCAGCUGCAACUCAACACCAGCAAGACAAAGGAGAUGAUCAUUAACUUCCAGAGGAAAACAUCUCACUUUACACCGGUGAACAUCCAGGGAGCGGACAUAGAGUUGGUAGACAGCUACAAAUUCCUGGGUGUUCACCUUAACAACAAGCUGGACUGGUCCGUCAACACCCACGCCCUCUACAAGAAGGGCCAGAGUCGCCUUCACCUGCUGAGGAGACUGAGGUCCUUUGGUGUGUGCAGGACUCUUUUACGGACCUUUUAUGACUCUGUGGUGGCCUCAGUCAUCUUCUAUGCUGUGGGCUGCUGGAGAGGGGGCAGCACGGACAGGGACAGGAGCAGGAUAAAUAGACUGAUCAGGCGAGCUAGCUCUGUCCUGGACGGUCCUCUGGACUCCGUGGAGGAAGUGGGGGAGAGAAGGAUGUUGGCU